GCAUUCGACUGCGGUUAACGUCGCAACAGAGCCAAACGUAACGGCAGUUGAACAAAGCGCAACUAUAGCAAGAAAAAGCGUGUUUUGAACGCGAUCUAUAAAAAUACUAAACAAAGCUUAAAGAGUUGAACGAUAAAUCGACCAAUACACACAUCAAAAAGUGCGUGAGUGUGUGUGUAUGUGUGUGUGCAUAACAGAGCGCAAAGAAAAAGUAGCUUGCAAAAUGUGCUUGUAAUGUGAAAAAUAGACAAAUAACAACUAACUAAAAGACGUAAAACGCAAAGAGCAAAAUAAUAGAAAAAGAGACUUAACACACAAAAGAAUUGGAGUUGAUCUAACCUCACACAGAACAUAUAUAGAGAGAGAAAAUAUUGAAAUAUGGUUUCACAUUAUUAUAACAUGCCGUAUUCGCAAAAGCAUAGCGCCAAUUUGGCUUAUGCAUCGGCGACGCAACCUUGGAAUUGGCCAUCCAAUUAUCAUACGCCGCCCAAUCAUCAGUUUAUUGGCGAUGUGGAUUCGUCGCAUGCCGCUGCCCAUCAUGCGGCGGCUGCCCAUCCAAUGUAUUACAAUGCGCACAUGUUCCAUUCAGCGGCCAGCGAUUGGCAUUCGCCCGCAUCCAAUUCAGCGGCAGCGGCCGCGGCAGCAGCAGCAGCAGCCAACGAUAAUUUUGUACAGCAACAGCAGCAGCAGCAGAAUAACGGUGUUCCUACAACAGCACAUCAAUUGAUGCAUCAACAUCAGCAUCAGCAUCAUGCGCAUCUAAAUGGAGGCGGCGGUGGCGGCGGCUCGAGCAGCUCAGCCAGUUCGGGCAGCAGCAGCUCGGCGCCCGUUGUGGGUUCGACACAACUCAACGAAAGUUCAGAUCCCGUUGCCAUUGCUCAGGCGCAUCAACAGCAGCAGCACCAACAACAACAACAGCAGCAGCAACAUAUUGCCGAGGGUUUACCAUCGCCACCGAUAACGGUAUCGGGCAGUGAGAUUUCCAGUCCGGGUGCACCCACCUCAGCCUCAUCGCCGCAUCAUUUGAGCCAUCACUUGAGCAACAACAACAACAACAGUCCAUCUACGCACAACAACAACAACAAUAGCAUCACGGCUAACAACAAUAAUCAUGCGCAUCGAACAUCGCCGCCGAAAACUCAAUUUUAUGAUUGGAUGAAGAAGCCAACAUAUUCAGCGCAGCCGCAGCCGGGCAAAACGCGCACCAAGGACAAGUAUCGUGUGGUCUACACAGAUUUCCAGCGACUGGAGCUGGAGAAGGAGUAUUGCACAUCGCGUUAUAUAACCAUACGGCGUAAGAGUGAAUUGGCGCAAUCGUUGUCGCUGUCGGAGCGCCAAGUGAAGAUCUGGUUCCAGAAUCGACGGGCCAAGGAGCGCAAACAGAACAAAAAGGGCAGCGAUCCGAAUGUGAUGGGAGGCGGCGGCGUUGGCGGCAUUCAUCAUCAGACGGAGUACAGCCAGUUGCUCGAUGCGAAGACGAAAUUGGAGCCGGGACUGCAUUUGCAGCAUACGUUGCACUCAAUGAAUCCGAUGGCUGCCAUGAAUCUGCCUGCCAUGCGUCUGCAUCCACAUCUCACGGCGCACAGUCAUUCGCUGGUUGCGGCAGCGGCACAUUCCCAUCAGUUGCAACAGCAACAAAUGUCGGCAGCGGCUGUUGGCGUCGGCACGCUUUCAAUGUGACAUGGUGAUUACCAAGGAGUUGCAGUCGGAGUUGAAGCGAAUGUGUAUCCAAAUCACAAUCACAGCAAUCCCAACAACAGCAGCAGCAGCAACAACAGCAGCAGCAGCAGCAACAACUACAUGUUGCAACAUCAGCAGCAGCAACAAUUGGUGAGCGGCGUCAGCUUUGCAGCGUGUUCAAGUGAUCUAGCGGUGGAUUUGGCUUAAGUCUUAUAUUUACUAUACAUCUGUAUUUUUUUCUAUUGUUGAGGGUUGGCUUUUAACAGUCAGACUGUUUUUUUUUUUCCUUUUUCUUUUUUUGGGGCAGCGGCGCCUUUUUGAAUAUUGCACGUUGUUAAUUUUUGUGAUUGUAUAUUCCCUGCUGCCCCCUCCCUUCCCCCCGCCACCAACAACAUACAGCCUGCCCCCUAAAUAUAUGUUGUAUUUUAUAUAUAUAUAUUAAAUGUCACAGCGCCUUAUUUGUAUUCAAUUUGUUUUUUUGGUUCUAGUUAAAGUUUAUCAAAUGUUAAUUAAGAGCUGUUAGUUAACAUUAAUUAUGAGAUGUUAGUUAACACUAAUCAAAAGCUGUUAGUUAAGAGCCUAUAAAACACAACAAAAACAAAUUAAAUUCACAUUUACACAUAAUAUUAAACUUGUAUUUGUAUAGCCGUCCCGCUCUGGCAUUUAUCUUUGAGAAAGCACAAAAAUUUCAUAAUUAUUUAGUUAAUACGUAAGAAAAGCAAAAAAAGAGUAAUAAUUUGGUGCAAUUUGAUUACACACAAACAAUCACACACAUGUAAAUAUUUAACAUAAUAACAAGAACAACAACAACAACAGAAGCAACAACAACUUGAACGUUUAUUACUUAAAUGCUGUAAUAACAAUUAGUUAGUUAGUAGAAUAUUUUUAGAAUAAAUUCAAUUUAAUGUUAAUAAACGAAAGCAACAACGAAACAAACAAUCAAACACACAAAUGCAUAUGCACAUUUAACACACAUUUGGUGCACAACACACAAAUUAUAUUAUAAAGCGUUAACAUAAGUCAAAUAUACAAAAAAAAGGGAGUUGUUGCCCACAUAUCAAAUAUAUAUAUUAUUAAAGCACACGUGCAUGUAAUUUAAUGUUUAGUUAAAUUAUCGCAGCAAUUAAUUUAUGUAAAAAUCCAUGUGCUAUUUGAAUAAAAAAAAAAUAAAACACUAAAAAAAA